GUUUCGCGCCUGCGUGACCUACGCUCCUAAUCGUCUCCGAGAAUGGUAGUACACGUCAAGCUUGUCCUCCGACUCCGACUCUCUCUGCCGACUGCGCCUGAGGAGAGAGGCACUGGCUCUGGUCCCUGUAAUGGAUGCCUUGGACGACGCCAUGGACGAAGACAAGCCAGGCGACAGACCCCCUCCCCCCGCGCCUCAGCGAAAGCCACCGCCGGCUACCGGCAAGCAUCCUGCGGCGUCGGCCUUGAGCCCGUCUGCACUCUCGCCGACUGCCGACCCGGGUUCUUCGACCGGCAGUGCCCAGGGCGCGUCGAAACGGAGAAGGGGCUUGGGAGUUGUCACGCAGAACGCUUGCACGGAAUGUCGCAAAAAACGCGCGAAGUGCGAUGGGCAGACACCAUGCGCUCGGUGCAGGGGUCAAAAGGACGUCGAGUGUGUAUACGAAAUACCCGUCCGCCAGUCCAAAGAAACCCUUCGGCACGAGAUCGACCAACUCCGCCGCCAGCAACGCAGCAGCGAGCAAGUCCUGUCUGCCCUCGCCCGUCCUGACCCCCGGGAGGAGGUUUUAACGCGCCUACGCAAUGGGCAGACGGUCGAGGUUAUAUCAGAAUGGCUUCGGGCGGAUCUGGCUUCCGGAACCGGCUCCCAUCCGCCCGGCCAUGGGGGCGGUGCGCCUACAAUUGCUAGAUUUACAAGCGCCGGAGCCCGCGGCACCAGCAGCUAUCCCGUGAUAGCUCCAGGGAUAAGCAAAGCCAUGAGCCCAGUUUCUAGCCAGCACCCACACAGCAGCAUGAGGCUUGAGGCGGAGCAGCAGAGCCCGUGGGGUGGACACUUCUCUUCCCACAGUACGACUCGUAGCGAUUCGCAAGCCGAGACCAUGAACUGGAGCUCGGAGACUGUUAGAGGCCUGCCGCAAUCGAUGGUGGGGUCGUGGCUCGAGAGCCAAGGCCAAGGCAGCACAUCUGAUCCUUUGAGUUUCCGUGGUCUAGAUCAACUCCUCGCUCCUGAUUUGCCUGAGAUGCGAGUACCUCCUGGGACGUGGACAACGAUCACGGCGGAUGCUGGGCUUGUUAAGCACCUGCUGACUCUCUACUUUUGCUGGGAGUAUCCCACCUUUGCUUCGUUGAGUAAGGAGCACUUUCUCCGCGACUUCAUGGAAGGUCGGGCUCGCUUUUGCUCGUCCAUCCUUGUCAACGCUCUCUUGGCCUUGGGAUGCCGCUUUUCCAGUCGACCGAGUACUCGAGCCAACCCAGACGACCCCCACACCUCGGGAGACCACUUCUUCAAAGAAUCGCAACGGCUCUUUUACCAAGAAGAAAACCACCACUCAUUAACCACAAUUCAGGCCCUAGGGAUAAUGUCCAUCAGGGAAGCGAGCUGCGGCCGAGAUUCGGAGAGCUGGUACUACGCAGGCCAGAGCAUUCGGCUGGCCAUUGAAAUGGGAUUGCAUCGUCUGCAAGACGAUGGAAGGGACGACGACGAAAGUGCCGUCCAGGCUGCUACCUUUUGGGGCGCGUUUGCCCUAGACCACGCGUGGUCCCUGGCAACAGGCUCACUUCCUCAAUGCUCUUGUUUUCCUCGCCUACCGCCGAAGCCCGCUAUCAUUGAUGACAUUGAAGCGUCGCUGUGGAUCCCAUAUACAGACGACGGGGCUCCCCUCCAGCGCUCGUGCGAGCAGCCUUCGAAUGUUCGUUCCGUAUACACGUGCUUUUGCGAGCUCAGCGAGCUCGUUCACCAAUCAUUAUACAUACUCCAUUCUCCCGGCAGACCGUUGACAAGCAGAGACUUGCUUAAUAUCUACACCCAGUACCUGAAUUGGUAUGGCCAGAUACCAGAGGUAUUGCGAUUGGGACACAACUUUACCCCUGCUGUCUUGUUUGCUCACAUGUAUUAUCACUUUGCCAUUCUUCUUCUGUUUCGGCCUCUCAUAAAACUACGGAUCAUUGGAUCGAGCAUAUCUCCGCGCGAUGUAUGCUCCCAGGCGGCUGAUGCCAUCUCGGGACUUUUGCGGUCAUACUCGCAGCUUUACACGUUGCGGUGCACUCCGUCUUUCGUCCCGUACUUUGUACUUACGUCUUCGAUCAUGCAUCUUGCCAUCGGGGCGACUGUUGGCGAAGUCUCGGCUCCAACUGCAGGAGGCGGCGAAUCCACGCAAGGCGGGCAGACGCCACAAUCAUCUCAUUCAGCUCCUGCGAGGGUGCCGAGAAUAGGACCUCGUGUUGCCGAAGCAAUCAGCCGCGGCAUCGCAGAUUUGACUGAGAUGGCACCCUGCCACCAUUUUGCAGAGCAAGCUCUCAACAUUCUCCGCUUUUUGGUGAAGAAGUGGAACAUCGACGUCGACAUACACACAACCAAUGAUCAAGAGUUACCGCCUAUACAGCCCCCAGACUAUGCACAAGCCACGCGGCCCGUGACAAGCAGCCUCAACUUCUUUGCGCCAAACGUCAUGGAAGCAGACUUUAACUGCACCUGGGGCGAGGGUUCUCCGGCAGCGCCGGGUGCCGCAACAAGCCCGAGGCCAAGCACUGCUCACGAAAUGGCCAACGCAUCAGAAAACCCAUUGUUCUGGCCCUUCCCGAUGCAGGGGCGCCCCAUACUGCCGACUGGACAAGAGUUGGAAGAGGCAGGUUUCGAGCUGCUUUAGUGAGGCGUCGGUAAAUUGCAGCA